CGCACCUACGGCGCAAGCGCCGAAGCCUGGGCUAGCCCAAGCCGCGCAAGCGCAACGUAGCUCCCCGCUCUGUUGGUCCGGCCUUCUCUUUGUCGUCACAGGGCAGAUGAUCAGGGUGCGUCCCCUUUAUCCCUCCCCCUUCCAUCUUCCUCCCUUUUCCCCUCCCCUGGUCCCUCAGUCUCUUCCCUCCUUCCGCUCUCCCUCCCGCCGGCGUCCGCAGCUGACUCCAGCUUCCGGUCAGCGGCCGUCUGCGUAAGGGUGUCCCGCCUCUUCCGCCUUACAGCGGAGGUGGCGGCGGCGGCGGCAGCGGCUGCGGCGCCUGCGCAUCUCCGGUCCGGGUCAGCAGGCGGGUCCCCUGGGCGGUCCACCUGCGCGACGCGGAGCCGCGCCCUGGGGGUCGAUGGCGAUGAACUAUAACGCGAAGGAUGAGGUGGAUGGCGGGCCCCCGUUGCCUCCGGGGGGCACCACGAAGAACCGGAGGCCGGAUAACACGGCCUUCAAACAGCAACGGCUGCCCGCUUGGCAGCCCAUUCUGACGGCCGGCACGGUGCUGCCUACCUUCUUCAUCGUCGGCCUCAUAUUCAUCCCCAUUGGCAUCGGCAUCUUCGUCACCUCCAACAACAUCCGAGAGAUCGAGAUUGAUUACACCGGAACAGAUCCUUCCAGUCCCUGCAAUAAAUGUUUGUCUCUGAAUAUAACACCCUGCUUUUGUACCAUUAACUUCACGUUGGAACAGUCAUUUGAGGGCAAUGUGUUUAUGUAUUAUGGACUGUCUAAUUUCUAUCAAAACCAUCGUCGAUAUGUGAAAUCUCGAGAUGAUAGUCAACUAAAUGGAGAUUCAAGUGCUUUACUUAAUCCCAGCAAGGAAUGUGAGCCUUAUCGAAAAAAUGAAGACAAACCAAUUGCUCCUUGUGGAGCUAUUGCCAACAGCAUGUUUAAUGAUACAUUAGAAUUAUUUCUGGUUAGCAAUGAAUCUGACCCUGUGCCGGUUCCUUUGAAAAAGAAAGGUAUUGCUUGGUGGACAGAUAAAAAUGUGAAAUUCCGAAACCCCGCUGGAACAGAAAGCCUGCAAGAACGAUUCAAAGGUACAACAAAGCCUGUAAACUGGGUUAAACCAGUAUACAUGCUGGAUUCUGACCCAGAUAAUAAUGGGUUCAUAAAUGAGGAUUUUAUUGUUUGGAUGCGUACUGCAGCACUACCUACUUUUCGUAAGUUAUAUCGUCUUAUAGAGCAGAAAAGUAGUUUACAUCCAACAUUACCAGCCGGACGAUACUAUUUGAAUAUCACAUACAAUUACCCUGUACAUUCAUUUGAUGGAAGAAAACGGAUGAUCUUGAGCACUAUUUCAUGGAUGGGAGGAAAAAAUCCAUUUUUGGGAAUUGCUUACAUCGCUAUUGGAUCCAUCUCCUUCCUUCUGGGAGUUGUACUGCUAGUAAUUAAUCAUAAAUACAGAAACAGUAGUAAUACUGCUGACAUUACCAUUUAAUUUUAU